UGGCACGCGGUCUGUUCUGUUGAAUGUUUCUCUAAAAUAUCUUCAGUCCAGCUUUAACGAGUUUAUCAACGAGCGGUUAACUGCUGCUGAAGAAACAUUCACAGAGUUUAAAGAAAUACCCGUCAAGUCGGAGGAAGAGAUGGACGAUCAGCGCAGACUGCUGGAUUUCUCCCGGACUCCCCAGAUAAUCUUACACCGGAUAGAUUCCCUGUGGUGUAACAUUUAUAACCAGGAGAGGAGAUCCACUCUGGACCAGGAGGAGUUAAAACCUCUGCAGGUGAAACAACAGGAAGAAUCAGAAGAUCAUCAGAUAAAAGAAGAGCAGGAAGAUCUAGAACAUCAGCAGAUAAAAGAAGCGCAGGAGGAUCUAGAACAUCAGAUAAAAGAAGAGCAAGAGGAUCUAGAACAUCAGCAGAUAAAAGUGGAAGAGAAAGAAGUUUACUGCAGUCAGGAUGAAGAACAGGUUGAGUUAAAACAGGAGACUGAUACCUGCAUGGUGGUUCCUGUUGAUAAACAAAGGAACCAAGUCAUCUUCCAGGAAGCUGCUGAAGCUGAGAUCCAAAAUCAGGAAAGAAGAAAACGUUCCUUAUGUGUGACCUGUGGAAAAACUUUUAGUAGAAAACAUUUAGCUCAGCACAUGAGGAUUCACACUGGUGAAAAGCCGUUUUCAUAUGUGGACUGUGGAAAAGUCUCAACAAAUGGAGGUGGAGCUCAUCGCGGCGGCACGGAGCUGGUAGACCAGUUUCUGCGUGCGACGAACGAAGUUGUUAAAUCCCAUCGCUAA